UGGUGGAAAGUGGGCAGCAAGUGGUAGCAACAAAGCACUUCUCUUUUGAUUCUUUUGCCUUUGAAGCUUCAAAAAUCGAAAUCAAAAACCAAUCUUUUGCUCAAACCUCAAGAAUCUCUCUAUCUUCCUGUCUCAAUCUCUCUCUCUCUCUGCAAACCAAACCAGAUAAUUUCAAUAUGGAGGCUACUCAGAAACAUAUCAUUCAAGAUGGAUCUUCAAUGUUUUACCAUAAACCAUCUUCAGCCCAGCAGAUGGACAUCUCAGUUCAAACUUUUGAUUCUUACUGCACACUUGAAUCCUCUUCAGGCACUAAGUCUCAUCCUUGUCUUAACAACAACUCUUCUUCAACCACAAGCUUUUCCUCUAAUGGAAGUCCGAUUUCGCAAUCCAACAACAACAACAACAACAACUCUUCACGGUUUUCGGAGUUUAAUCAUUCCCCUGAUGACAACAACAACAACUCUCCCUUAAGCGGAUCUUCCGCGACAAACAACAACGAGACAGAGCUUAGUCUCAUGCUUAAAGAUUUGGAGACUGCAAUGAUGGAGCCUGAUUUAGACAACAGCUUUAACGGUUGUGAUCAUCAAGCCGGGUUUGGACAACAACACAGGGUUGUUUCUUCAGCAAUGUAUAGAUCUAUGGAGAUGAUCUCGAGGGGAGAUUUAAGAGGAAUGCUCUACGAAUGUGCAAAAGCGGUCGAGAACUACGAUGUGGCUAUGACUGAUUGGUUGAUUUCUCAGUUACAGCAAAUGGUUUCGGUUUCUGGUGAGCCUGUUCAGCGCUUAGGAGCUUAUAUGCUUGAAGGGCUAAUUGCUCGUUUAGCUUCUUCUGGUAGCUCCAUCUACAAAGCAUUGAGAUGCAAAGACCCAACAGGUCCUGAGCUUCUUACUUAUAUGCAUAUCUUAUACGAAGCUUGCCCUUACUUCAAGUUCGGUUAUGAAUCCGCUAAUGGAGCUAUAGCUGAAGCUGUGAAGAACGAGAGUUUUGUGCACAUUAUCGAUUUUCAAAUCUCUCAAGGUGGUCAAUGGGUGAGUUUAAUCCGUGCUCUUGGUGCUCGUCCUGGUGGACCUCCAAGAGUUAGAAUAACAGGGAUUGAUGAUCCUAGAUCAUCGUUUGCUCGACAAGGAGGGCUUGAACUAGUUGGACAACGACUCGGGAAGCUAGCUGAAAUGUGUGGUGUGCCUUUUGAGUUCAACGGAGCUGCUUUGUGUUGCACGGAAGUUGAAAUGGAGAAGCUUGGAGUUAGAAAUGGAGAAGCUUUAGCGGUUAACUUCCCGCUCGUUCUUCACCACAUGCCUGAUGAGAGUGUAACGGUGGAGAAUCACAGAGACAGAUUGUUGAGAUUGGUCAAGCGUUUGUCACCGAGCGUGGUGACUCUAGUUGAGCAAGAAGCGAACACAAACACUGCGCCGUUUCUUCCACGGUUUGUGGAGACAAUGAACCAUUACUUGGCGGUUUUUGAAUCUAUCGAUGUGAAACUCGCUAGAGACCACAAAGAAAGGAUCAAUGUGGAGCAGCAUUGUUUGGCUAGGGAAGUUGUGAAUCUUAUAGCUUGUGAAGGGCUUGAAAGAGAAGAGAGGCACGAGCCGUUAGGGAAAUGGAGGUCUAGGUUUCACAUGGCGGGUUUUAAACCGUAUCCUUUGAGCUCGUAUGUGAACGCGACGAUCAAAGGGUUGCUUGAGAGUUAUUCAGAAAAGUAUACUCUUGAAGAGAGAGAUGGAGCAUUGUAUUUAGGAUGGAAGAAUCAACCUCUUAUCACUUCUUGUGCUUGGAGGUAACACAAGAACUUUGCUUGGUUUUGAGAAAUUUCGAGAACUUAGAAUAUUUUCUUUUACAGUUUACAGAAUCUGUUUGUAAAAGUUAAAAACUUAUGAACCUAAGAAACACUUGCCAGAUGUUGUAGUAGUAACUAGUAAGUGUUGUUGAUGACCCCAGGAUGUUUAAAAGUUUAUGUUUUUAUUUUCUCAAAGAAACUAUGAUUUGACAUUGAAACUUAGAACUCUCUUCUGUUCUGAUGUGAAAAAUUAUAAGGCUUUUCUGGUUU